CACUACCCACCGUUCAACUUCCCCAAGAACCCUAUAAAACCGCCACUGAGCCAAACCCAGACAGUUAGGCUAGGUGCUACAACACGAGACACCCCAAACUUGGACCGAGCACCUACUUUACAGUAAUGGAGUGCCAUCUUCUUGGAAGCCUUGUGCUCAUAAGCUUACUCCAGAGCACACUGGCUCUGAAACCCACAGAUGUGUGCCUUCUGCAAGUGGAUGAAGGACCGUGUCGAGGAGACAUCCAGCGUUUCCACUACAAUACAAUCACCCAGCGGUGUGAGGAAUUCAGCUAUGGUGGCUGUGCUGGCAACGACAACAACUUCGUCUCGUUUCAGGAAUGUCAGAAAACGUGUUUCAAAAUACCAAAAAUCCCCCAGAUCUGUCGUUUUCAGAAGGAUGAGGGGUCAUGCCGUGCCCUGAUCAUACGUUACUUUUUUAACAUGACCUCCAUGCAGUGUGAGCCUUUCUACUAUGGAGGCUGCAUGGGAAAUGAGAACAACUUCCAAGACCGCCAGUCAUGCAUGGAAUACUGCAAACCUCCAAAAUCUAUCCCUGUGAUUUGUUUGGAUGUCCUGAAUAAAGGAGGGUGCUCUGCCUCCAUACCAAGAUAUUAUUUCAACCCUGCCACAAAAAUGUGUGAAGAGUUCAUAUACACAGGAUGUGGGGGAAGCAGUAACAAUUUUGUCUCCAAAAAAAGCUGUAUGGAUGUUUGUGGUAGAAAGAGCAAUCCAUGGAAACAAAGGAAUAAGACACGUCAAAGAAUGAUCCUAAGGAGAAUAUAACACCCUAUCGCAAAUGCAGCAGGCUUUUUCAGAAAAAGGUUUGCAUUUAGCACUGGACAAAGGACACAUACUUAAACAGCUUCUACCCACAAUGUAAUGUGAAUACAUUGUACCAGAUGUGUUCUAAUGACAGUAUGUAAAUUAACAUAUGCUGAUAGCAACAGAAUCUCAAAAUAUAUUUUUCAGCUAUACUAUUUUUAAGUUAUGUACUGGAAUCGCACUGUGAAUUUUUUAUACUCACUGAAUGUACAUGUGAUAUUCACAGAAAAGUGCUUCGUUUUGAAUGGGCCUUUAAGUAAGCUUCACAGGGCUUGCUUAUAUGCUGUUUAACACUGUUUUACAUUUCUGUAUUUUUAUAUAAUGUUUUACACAUUUCAAAUUUCAUUUAAAAGUCUCUGAUGUAAAAAGUAUCUAUAUCUUUUAUAUUUUUUACAUGUUUUGUGUAUUUUUUUUCAAAUAAACACCCACGCAAUUUGUCUUGUAA